UGUUUCGCAGACGCCACCGACUGCUGGUUUUCCUUAGAAGCACGUGGAUCCCUCACUUCGUUUGUUCGGGGCAUAAUUCACUAGUUAUCAUGGGUGUCAAAGUUAAAAAGUCGCAGAAACCCGUAACAAAUACACAAAAAAAGCAUUCCAAUGUGAAGAAAUCACCAGCUCUCUCCAUUCAAAAAGGAAGUAGCGUACAUGUUGGUGCAAAAAAAACAGAAAUCAACCAGUGUUCUCCGAAAAAAGCUUCAAAUCAUGUGGCCCCAGCCCCAACAAAGACUGUUAUCACUCUCGAUCCAUCAAAAACUUCGAAAUGCGAAUUACUGACAUCUUCGGUUGAGGCAGCUGUGAUUGCAGCGUUCAAAGCAUGGUCUUGCACACUUCAGAAAACAAAAACUGGCCAGCUUUUUGAAGAUGAUCCGCAUCCUAUCAAUCUUCUUGUCUCUGCAAUAAAGAUUUCCAGUUCUGAUUCACAACCCCUAAGGGUUAAGCUCCCAAACCCAUUUUUGAAUGGGGAUUGCGACAUUUGUUUGAUUGUGAAGGAUUUGGAGAAAGGAUGGAAGGUAGAUCAUGAACCUACAACCCAAUAUUAUCAAGAACUUCUUGACAGUAAAAAUGUCUCCUUUAUUACUGAGGUUAUGCCUCUACGACAGUUAAGAGUUGAGUUUAAACCUUAUGAAGCGCGAGGAAAAUUUGCUAAACGCUUUGAUGCUAUGUUUGUGGACAAAAGAAUUGCUAAGUUUGUUCCAAGAUAUCUUGGCAAAUCUUUUUAUCAAGCUGGCAAGCUACCGGUGUCAGUUGACCUGGAAGCUGACGAUCUUUUGACUGAAAUCAAUCAAGCUCUGUCUAUAAGUAUGAUGUCUAUGUCUAAUAACGGCACAAGUACACAAAUGCAGAUUGGGCUCUCGAAUCAGACUGAAAAAGAAAUCGUUGAGAAUAUCAUGGCAGUCUAUCAGAGCAUGCAAAAACAUUUUCCUGGCAAAUUUGCGAAUAUCCGUAGCUUAUGUAUUCGUUUCGGCAGCCACCCCUGGACUGUACCUAUCUACGUCAGUUUUGCCACUCUGGAUACAGUGUCAUUGCCAAUUUCCAAAAAACAUACUGAACCACUCAUUGACGAUCUUAGCACACUUGCACCGGGUUGGAAAGUUGCUGUGUAUCCUAGCGGCGAAGUUAAAAAGAUUCCCGACGUAGAGUACCAACGCACGGAUUUAGACGCUGAGAUUGAAGACUUAGAAGCACCCGAAAAUAACCUAGAAGAUGAAGAUAUGUCUGAUACGGAAGCUGAAGAAAAGCUUACGGUUGCCAGAACUUCAAAGAAAACUAGAAAAGCGGAAGUAUCAGACGUUGAAGAAGGUGAAUCAGAAAACAUGUUAAAAACUUCAAAGGAAAAGAAAUCCGCCGAUGAAAGCAGUGAAGACGAAGGCGAUGCACUGGAAGAGCAGUAUAUGAAUGAACUAGAUACUCUUGAAGGUGAAUUACUUGGAGAACAGGAUAAAGAGGAGACGGAACCAGGAGAACCAGAAAAAGUUGAACUGAAACCGCAGAAAACCAAAAAGAAAGUAUUUAAAAAAUCUAUUGCCAAGAAAAAGGAAAAACACUAAGCGUAAAGGCCAUGCAAGGCCUGUGUAAGUUGUGUUGAACCGCUUGACAAAUAAAUUACCAAAAUUUGGCGAAU